AUGAUCGCAAGUGCAGCGAGCGGAAAUGCAAACGAAGGAUUGCUUCAAGCCAGUGCUAAGCUAUCGUUUUCGUUUGGUCCUCUUGGUAAUGCAUUUACUCCAACUAGUCAAAGUGGAGAGUACUUCCCGUAUACAACAUCUCGACUAUAUAUCCCGUUUUAUCAUCUCAAGAAUUCUACUAGUAUCAUUCAAAAGCCAUUGAAGACUAUUCGAUACCAAGAUUGCUUUGCACAGAUGUUUACGAAAGUAGCUGGUAUUAGCCCUACGGUGCCUACGGGUCAGCUGAAUGCCCCAUUUGCUUUACAGGUAUCUGGGUAUAAGAAAAAUGUGAAAUACGUUGCUCUGAUUCCAUUUGCUGAAACGAGUGCAGGACAUUUCGAAAUCGCUCAUGGAACGCCUCAGUAUCAGUCUCCAUUCGAUUCGGCGCCCUGGACUUGCAUGCCUGGUGCUUCAAUUCGGGAUUUCCAGGUUCAACUUGGAAACGACAAUGUAUUCAGCAGUUCUCAUGAAUACGAUUACGAGACAUUCUGUGAUGAGUUCAGUAAACUCGGAGCUAUUAACGGCGACUUGUCGAGCGAGAAGGAUGUUCCUCAAGCGAUCCAGAUCAGCGGUAUUAACGGCUCAGCGACUGGUAUGAACCUCCUUGUACUCGUUGUAUACGAGAGGGAGCUCGAGAUCGAUCGUCUCACUGGCGAGGUCCAUAGAACUGACUAA